CGCCCACUGGAGCACACAUUAGCUUAUUCACCACUGGCUUUCAGUAGAGCACACACACACACACACACACACAUACACAGUGUUUUCACUUCAGCAUGGGAGCAUGGAUCUAAAGGCAGAGCUCCUGAAGUCCAUCUGGUACGCCUUCACCUCUCUAGACGUCGAGCGCAGUGGGAAAGUGUCCAAGUCUCAGCUGAAGGUGCUUUCCCAUAAUUUAUACACAGCUCUGAACAUCCCCCAUGAUCCUGUGGCCUUGGAGGAGCACUUCCAGGAUAACGACAAUGGGCCAGUGUCCAGCAAUGGCUAUAUGCCAUACCUCAACCAGUACAUUCUGGCAAAGGCCACAGAGGGUACAUUUCACAAGGAGACAUUUGAUGAACUUUGCUGGAUGAUGACCGCCAAGAAAAACCUGAAGCCCAUUGUCCUACAGGGCCUGUGUUCACAGAGAGACUGCUUCAAACUGUUCUGCCUCUUUAAUCUGCUGUCUGAGGACCAUUACCCACUUGUCGUCAUCCAGCCUGAGCUGGAGUAUCUUCUGAAGAAGAUCUCAACAGCAAUGGGUCAAGAGUGGGAUGGGAAGCUGCUGGAGGUUCUGCUUGCCCAGGAGCCAUCUCUGCAGGAUGGUCUGUCUGUGUGGAGCUUCCUGGAGCACCUGAGUGCGGGUCACCUCAUGCAGGUGGACAGAAAGGAAGCCUUCAGUCUUGCCUUGGAUGAAGUCUUCAUGGAGAUGUAUCACAAUGUACUGAAGAAAGGAUACAUGCUGAAGAAGGGGCAUGUGCGGAGGAACUGGCAGGAGCGCUGGUUUGUGCUGAAGCCAGAGAUUGUGGUCUACUAUGUCAGUGAGGAUCUAAAGGAGAAGAAAGGGGAGAUACAGCUGGACGGAAGCUGUGCAGUGGAGACGAUCCCUGAUAAAGAAGGGAAGCGCUGUUUGUUCUGUGUGAAGACUCCAGUCAGGACAUUCGAGAUGAGCGCUCCAGACCAGAAACAGCGAGUGGAGUGGAUUCAAGCUAUGCAGACAGCGGUGCGGCUGAAGACAGAGGGGAAGAGCUCACUGCAUCAAGAGCUGAAGCUGCGCAGGCGAGAGUUGCGGGAGUGCAGCCAGAGAAGCAGCCAGAGCAGCAGUCAGAGUGUGCCAAGCAGACAGAACAGCCAGAACGACAGCCAGGGUGUCCCGAGCAGACAGAACAGCCAGACCGGCAGCCAGAGUGAUCAGAGAAGCAGAGAGAACAGCCAGAGUGAACUUCCUGCUGCUGAAGGUGAACAGCCCAACUCUGGGACUAAUCAUGGGGAGCUGGAGAACAACGAGCCAGACUUGGAGAUCAUAGACAUCAUUCAGCAACACCUGGAAAAGGAGGCACAGCGCAAACAGGAGGAGGCACUGGAGAAAGAGAAGCAGAAGGAGAGGCAGCAAGAGCUGGAGAAACAAUUAGAGGAGGCUAAUACAGCCAGGGAGAGCAUGGUAGCUGAACUGGCAAAAAUAGAAAAGGAGGUGCAGCAGCAGAAGAAGAGGAUUCAGGAGCUUGAGCUGACUCAGUUGAAACUGGAGGAGGCACUUAACUUACAGAUUCAGGCUCGACUAGAGGAGGAGAAAAUCCGGCACGAGCUUGAGAGCCAACUGGAGGAGGAGCAGGAAAAGGUAACUAAGUUGAUGCUCCUCCAGAAACAAACAGAGACUCCUGCUCCCAGUAAGAAGAAGGAAGAAGAGGUGCUUGAGCCCCAAAACAAAGAGCCUCCGAAGAAAGAGCCCCUAAAGAAAGAGCACCUAAAAGAAGAGUCCCUAAAGGAAGAGCCCAUGAGAGAUGAGAACAAACCCCCUUUUGCUUCCACUUCUUCAUCUUCCUCCGUUCUUACUGAAUCCAGCAAACCCCAGCCAAGCUCCCACCCAGGCCGUCCUCCUACAGAAACAGCUGAGACUCAUCAUUACAGCCCAGAGGCACAAAGAAGGGAGGAGAAAAUGUCAAAGAAAUAUUUAAAAUCUCAGAAUGUGAGACCAUGGAAUGUCCAAAUGAACCGCCUCAUGAAGCCCAUCACACCGGCAGACAAGAUAGAGCGUCUGGCAGUGAAGACCAACUGCCCCAAACAAGGCCAGGCACUGACCAGCACAGAGUUCAUUGCCAAGUACCAACCAAACAUCGCUCAGGAACUGGAAUUCUCUGAUAGCCAGGCACUAAGCACAGACGAGGAGGCAGAACCACAGGAGACGGUCGCUGAGGAACCACAGAUGAGGAAGAGCUGAGAGGACCACAGUAUUUACACAGAGACCUACAGACUCGAGUUAUACAAAAAAUAAUGAGUUCUUGUUAACAGUAAAUACAUUAACUAUCAGAGUAUAAGUUUGUCCAUAUUCACUGAGACUGAAUGCCAUAUACUGUGUACACUGUUCCUAACUGUGCUACAUUUACCUCCAGGGCUAGAUUAGGACUCUCUGCUUUCCUUGGGCAUUAGAUUUAAGGUGCCCUAUUCUUACAAACUCUACUUGCUUAGUAAAAUGCUUUUAUAAAAUAACUUUUUGAGUGUUUUGAGAAGUUCCUGAAAAGGGCCGCCCCUGCUGAGUCCUGAAACCUUCUGACCCAAAGUUGAGGAGUUAUGGCCAGUUAAUAUCCUGUGGAUGCUUUGAUAUACUGUUGAAAUUGGGAAUUAUUCUGGAGGUCAUCCUGUGAGGCAGGACAAAAUCAGACUCAGCAUCAAAAGCAUCAUUUAUUUUAUAUGUGUGUAAUGAUGGUUUACAUAGAUGCCUUUGUCCCACAAUUUUAUGGUGUUCAUUAGGAUGACAUAUAUUUGCAUCAUUAGAGACAGUGUUUAAAUAGAACAAACAAAACAUUUCAACAAGCUAUGAUGUGAGACAAUUAAAAUAAUAAAAAUAUAAGAACUUU